CACACAUACACACAAUCAGACGCACAAGCACACACUCAGAGUUUCCCUCCUCUCCCCUGGUGUCAGUGUAACUCUGCAGUGCGGGGUUGACAGCCUGUUGCUAUCAUCUCAGAGGUAAAGCGAGUGUCCGGACUAAAGCGAUGGCUCUGCUAAUGGAGCACCAGUUCAGGCAGCUGCCAGCCGACAGACAGGUGGAAACAAGACCGUUUCUGGAGGCUGUGUCAUACCUUCCACCGUUCUUUGACUGCCUUGGUUCCACUGUUUUUGCACCAAUUAAAGCUGACAUAUCUGGCAACAUCACAAAAAUCAAAGCGAUUUAUGAUACCAACCCCGGACGGUUCAAGACGCUGCAGCAGAUUCUGGAGGCAGAGAAGGAAAUGCACGGAGCAGGAUGGCCCAAAGUCGGAGCGACCUUGGCUCUCAUGUGGCUGAGAAGGGGUUUACGAUUUAUCCAAGUCUUCCUGCAGAGCCUAGUGGACGGGGAGAAGGAUGAAAACAACCCAAACCUCAUCCGAGUCAAUAUCACCAAAGCUUAUGAAAUAGCCCUGAAGAAAUACCAUAGUUGGUUUGUGCAGCAGCUUUUCAAGGCUGCUCUUUACGCUGCUCCAUACAAGUCCGAUUUCCUGAAGGCGCUCUCCAAGGGUCGAGAAGUCAAGGAAGAGGAAUGCCUGGAGAAAAUCCGGAAAUUCCUCAUCAACUUCUCUGCCACCGUCGAUGCUAUUUAUGAGAUGUACAGUAAGAUGAAUGCUGACCUUGAAUACUCAGUGUGACGUUCCUCUUCUCUCCAGUGAUCUGUAUAGUUUACAAAGUCAUUUACAUGAUGCAGUCAGGAUUGUGCAGUCUACAUAUUGACUCGGCUCCCUGCAGGCCAUCUGACGGUUCACUGUGAGAGUGUAUUUGUAAUACUCACAUCAAAUGUUUAUGCACUUUUUAGUCAUCUUUGCUGCCUCUGGCUUUCUCUUUGUGCCUUUUCCUCACUGUUGUUUUUUUCGAUUCUGGGGGAAAGUUUCCAUCUUCACAUUUAAAUGCGGUAUUUCAUUAUUUUUCAUUUGUAGAGUCACGUCUCUUCAGACAAUAAGUGUUUUAAAUCCAUCAACAGGAUUGUUACAGAAGAAUUAAGAGGGCAUGUGAAGUGUCUGAUACCACACUCAACUAAUCCCAAUUCAAAUCAUCUGUUGCAGUAAUUAAAGUGGUCGAGUUUUGCUUAUAACAUUUCAACUGCUGUGUAUACUGAAAAAAACGGUGUGAAAAAUGUUUGUGUUAAAAUCCAUCCACCUAACUUAUGUAUAAGAAACAGUAUAUAUUACAUCAUAAAGAAGAGGCCAGCUUUAUUGCUAGUGAUACAAACAAUCAGAAAAUCUUAAAUUUUCUUUAUUUAUAAAAUAUUUAAAUAUCUCACUGACAUAUAGAGCUAUGGCUUAUCAAUGAAGUCAAUUAAUCAAUAUGCAAUACACAACUCAUAAUUUGAUUAAAGAAGCCAUAUGAGUCAUCUUAUGCAAUAAAGGUACUACAAGUUACACAAAACAUGGCCAGUUCAGCCAGUACCUUUGCUAGAGUGUUUCAGUCAUCACGUGUUGGAUAGACACUCAACACUCAACACUUCAAAUAUGCAGGUAUAAAUGUAAAGGGCUUUUUAUUAAGCAGAAGGUACGGAUCAUUUCAAAUGACCAUGUCAGCUUCUGUGCCUCUAAUCGUGUGUAUUCCUCUGCACAUCCCCUUGUGUAAACCAUGCAGACCACUGCAGAACAAAAUGUAAAUUAUUUCUGAGGGUCUGGUCUGCCUCUGUUUAUGUCUUUACUACGCAACACUUGUUUAUCUUUGCUAUUUUUACCAAAGCACUGCUUCAUCAAAUGUCUUUUACUCUGUCAGGUACUGAAUGUGUCUUUUCUUUUUAUCUAAUUAUUAAGGAAAUAUAAAAAAAAAUUGCAUUUUGCCUUAUACAUUGUUUUUAAAUAGAUGUGGAAUUUCAGCCGAAGCUGGGUGUCAAAUGUGAUGUUCAUGGACAGAAAGCUUGAAUACACUUGGAUAUGUUGAUGGCCUGUGGUUAGUUUAAACAGUUCUGAAAUGUCUGUCUGGUGAUUGUCUUGUGGCUGAAGUUAAGUUGCAGUGUGUGUACAGUGCAAAGCAACAAAUUGUGUAUUUUCAACUCAAGUGCGAUAUGCAAUAAAGAUAUGUGCAACAAGUAA